UGGGCGUGCAACUCGCAUAGGUAAGUUUGCCGCUUUGCAUUGCUGUGCGGAGCAUCUCUGUGAUUCCGCUGAGGACAGCUGUCGACUGCUACUGCCGUUAAAAUCGAUAUCAGGACUGCUGCACACUGCAGCACCUCACCUGCUCUGGCCAACGCGAGUAAAAAAUGAACGAUCUGUUCAAGCGACGCAAGAAGAAAGCAAAAGUCGCGCCGCCCGACAAGGCUGUGACGCCGCCCGCCGCCGCCGCGCCAGAGCACAAGCAGCCGGACAAGCCGGUCCUGACCUUCGGCGACUUAGGAUUAGCGGGCUGGCUCGUCCAGGCCUGCGACGCACUCGGCCUAAAGCGGCCGAGCGCCAUCCAGCGCCUCGCCAUCCCGCCGGCGUUGGCAGGAAGCAACGUGCUCGGCUUAGCAGAAACUGGAUCCGGCAAGACCGCGGCCUUCUCGCUACCGAUACUCCACAGACUCUUCGAGGACCCCUACGGUGUUUUUUCAUUAAUAUUGACGCCAAGUCGAGAGCUCGCGGCGCAGAUCGCCAAGUUCCUGAGGAUCAUUGGCGAGGCGCAAAAGCUGCGCGUGCAAUGCGUCAUCGGGGGCGAGGACGUCGUGCGCCAGUCGCUUGAAUUAACAAACCAACGGCCGCACAUCGUCGUGGGCACGCCCGGGAGAUUAGUGGAAUGUCUUGAUAGCGGUCUGCGGGAGAUGAUUGGUAAUUUGCGCUGCCUCGUGCUAGAUGAAGCUGAUAGACUCUUGGAGAACGCGCGGGACGACGUCAAAGCCGUGUUUGGAGCCCUGAAGAAGCCGCAGGUCCUCCUCUACUCGGCGACAUCGACCAAGCCGCUCGAAACGUUUUCAGGAGCAUUAAAAUGCAUCAAGGUCGAAGGCUCGAAAGCAAGUAUCCCCAAAACUUUAGUACAAGAAUACGUCUUCUGCCCGAAGCGCGUGAAAUUAGCGCAUCUAGCCCAAGUUUUACUCGGCUUCGACCUCGCCGACAAGCGCGACGAGGAAUCACGGGGCACGCCCGCCGACCGCGACUGGCGGCCUCGGAGCGCUCUCGUCUUCGCGCAGACGUGCCGACGGGUCCAUGAGGUCCACGCCGUGUUGGCGCAUCAAUCGAUAGACGCGCGCGCGCUGCACUCGCAGCUGCCGCAGUACGACCGGACCAAAGCUUUGGAAGCGUUCCAGCAGCGGCGCUCGCAAAUUUUAGUGUGCACGGACGUCGCGUCGCGGGGCCUGGAUUUGCCGGCCAUCGACCUCGUGAUCAAUUUCGACGUGCCGCGCGACCCCGACGACUACAUCCACCGCGUCGGGCGGUGCGCGCGCAACGGGCACCACGGCCUCGCCGUGUCGCUGAUCACGCAGUCCGAUUUGGCCUACCUCGCGGCGAUCGAGGGUUGUUUGGGAUCGCGGCUCGCCAAGUGCGCGCGGUUUUCCGAGAAGUCGCUACCUUUGCAAGAUGUUGCGCGGGCUGUGGAGUCCGUUGGUAGCUUGAAGCAACGCGACUAAUGUGCUUUGUCUGUCUA